AACCACCUGAACCCACCACGCUCCAGCACCUCUCAACCUCAAGUCAGCGCCACCACCAACAACACCACGAGAACACACAUGACCUUCAGCGUCUCGCCGGCGAUGGCGGGGGGGCAGGGGCACGAGUACAUGAUCCGCUUCCACAGCCACUUCGACGACCCGUCGCCGAGCACCGCCACCGCCGAGCCGCCGCCGUUUGCCGGAAGGGCGAUCUCGCCGGAGCAGGAGCACGGCGCCAUGGUCGCCGCGCUGCUGCACGUCAUCUCCGGGUACACCACGCCGCCGCCGGACUUCUUCUUCCCGGCCGCCGCGAGCAAGGAGGUGUGCCCGGUGUGCAGGGUCGACGGCUGCCUCGGCUGCGAGUUCUUCGGCGCGGCGGAGGCCACCGGGGCGACCGCAGCGGCAUUGGACGCGCCGAAGUCGGCACCGGCGGCGGUGACCGCGGGCGGGCCGCAGCGGAGGCGGAGGAAUAAGAAGAACAAGUACCGGGGCGUCAGGCAGCGGCCGUGGGGCAAGUGGGCGGCGGAGAUCCGCGACCCGCGCCGCGCCGUGCGGGUGUGGCUCGGGACCUUCGACACCGCCGAGGACGCCGCCAGGGCCUACGACCGCGCCGCCGUCGAGUUCCGCGGCCCGCGCGCCAAGCUCAACUUCCCCUUCCCCGAGCAGCAGCAGCAGCAGCAGCUGGGCGAUGGCAAUGCCGCCCCGGCCAAGUCCGACACGUGCUCGCCCUCGCCCAGCAGCGCGGAAGUCGAUGUCCGGGUCCCGCGGAACGGCGGGCAGGAAACAGGGGAUCAGCUCUGGGACGGCCUGCAGGACCUGAUGAAGCUAGACGAGAGCGAGCUCUGGUUCCCGCCAUCUGGAAAUUCUUGGGACUGAACUGAACCUGCUUGAUUAGAUCCUAGCCGUUGGAGUGAGUGGACAAGACCAUUUCACUUUUUUUCUCUUCCUUUUUACCUCUGUUGCAUUAUUUGGACAAAACAGAGUCUGUGAAUUAUAAAUAGGAUUGUAUGAAGAUUGAAGAGUAUACAUAUUAACAAGGCAGUUUUGGGUUUGUGCUUCA